GUUGGAAGGUUUUCCAUUCAGCAUACAAGCUAUUGCAUAAGGUUCAGUCAUCCAGUGUUUCACUGCCUGUACACCUUAAAUCAAGACCUCUUACAUAUAGGCUGAUAUGCAAACCAUUGUGCUGUUGGUGUUGUGGGUAUUGGGGACAUCACUGGCGUUGCCAGACCCAGACACCGCUGGGGACACAGUGGUUGAAGAGCCUAUACCGUGUUCUAAGGGAUGCACUUGUCUGCAUGAUGACUACAGCUUGGCGCUCAACAUGUACUGCAGUGCUCGGAACUUCACACAAAUCCCGUCUGACAUUCCCCCCGCCACUCAUUCCCUCUGGCUGGACGGCAACCUGUUCACAUCCCUCGCAGCAGCGUCUUUUAAGGAUCUUUCUAACCUGGACUUUUUGAAUCUGCAGAGUGGAGAGCUGCAGACUCUUGACCCUCAGGCUUUCAAAGGACUUAGGUCGCUAGCGCACGUUCACCUCGAGCGGAAUCACCUCCGUGCGAUACCAGGUACGAUCUUCCAGAAUACGCUCAACCUUGCCUCAAUUAGUCUGCAUAACAACCAACUGUCUCGUAUUGAAGAAAGACUGUUUGCUGGACUCUCACACAUGUGGCUUCUCAACCUAGGGGGUAACUCAUUAGCAGUUUUACCUGAGACAGCUUUCCAGGACCUGCAAGGUCUACGGGAGCUCAUUCUCGCAGGGAACCGACUCGCCUACUUACAGCCACAGCUUUUCACAAAUCUUGCCGAGCUUAAAGAAUUGGAUCUGACUGGAAAUCACCUCAAAGUUAUCAAGGCCAAUGUAUUUGUUAAACUCACUAAACUUCAAAAGCUCUACCUAGCCCAGAAUCAGAUUGUGACGGUGGCCCCCAGAGCCUUUGUAGGCAUGAAGUCACUGAGAUGGAUGGAUAUCACAGACAACAGACUGACUUCGCUCCAUGACGACACUUUCUUGGGCCUGCACAGUCUCCAUGUACUGCGGCUUUCCAAUAACUCAAUCACUGGAAUUCGGCCCAGGACUUUCCGGGAUCUGCAGUACUUAGAAGAGCUACGCCUCAGCUACAACAAGAUCCGAGCCCUGGGGGAAAGGAUCUUUGAAGGGCUGGGUCAUCUGGAGGUCCUAGAGCUAGAGCACAACCAAGUGCAGGAGGCACAAGUGGGUAGUUUCACAGGGCUCUCUCAUGUGGCUGUCAUCAACCUUUCUGGAAGCUGCUUCCAAAGUCUACCCGACCAAAUGUUCAAAGGUCUGUCUAAGCUUCAUAGUCUUCAUCUGGACAGAGGUUGCCUAACAAGGGUCACAGGGCAAGCUUUCACUGGACUGUCUGGUUUACGGAGGCUUUUCUUGCAGCACAAUAACAUCUCUGUUGUGGAACACCAGAGCUUUGUGGACCUGGUGGGCCUAUUGGGGCUGGACUUGAGUUUUAACAAAUUGGACACUUUUACAUCCCGUACAUUCUCCGGCCUAAGGAAUUUGGAGUUCUUGCUGUUAUCCAACAAUGAAUGUCGACAGUUUCUGCAAAAUGGCACAAAGCAGAUACUCCCAAAGCUGCGCUAUCUGGACCUGAGAGCUAAUAGCUUGACAAGUAUAGUCCCUGAUUUUCCAGAGAAUAUGGAAAAACUUCUGCUUUCCGGAAACCGGUGGAAAUGUGACUGCAGUGCCCUCCCACUGAGAAAUUACAGCUUACAGAGUCCGUUGGUUAUACCUCGGCAAGUGGAGACCCACGCAGAGGGAGAAGAGCCUGACUCAACUAUCACCAUAUACAACAACAUAACAUGCAUUGGCCCACCACGUCUAGCUGGUCAGGACCUGCGGGAUAUUGACAGUGAACUCUUCCAAGGUUGCUAGACAAACAUGCACAGAUUGGAUUUGAGAAUUGUUUAAUGUUCUGUAAUAUAUAUAACAAUGCUCAUAACAUUUCUGAUAUCAAAAUCUAAUGUCAACGCUAAUGCAUGAUUCAGGUUUUUGUUUACCAUUGACAGAUAUAUGGUAGCCUUCAGGGGUGUCAAACUCAAAUACACAGUGGGCCAAAAUAAAAAAAUCGGUACUAGUCGAGGGCCGGACUGGUUCAAUGUUUAUUGCAAAACGUAUUGAAAUGAACUUAUUGCACAUAUUAAACCUGGAACUAACAAAGCUGAAAUGAUUGCCUAUUGUUUUUAAAUAUUAAACAUUAAAUAAUCAGUUGCAUUCAUUUCUUAUGGCUCUAUCUGCAGCUUUUCCAGUCAUUUUUUAUGAUUACAUUUUUCCACAGGCCAACAGCUUCAAAAAAACUAUUUCCCUCAAAUAAAAAACCAAACAUGUCCUGUUGUCCCAAGAAAAAAAGUGCAGAAGGAAACAUCCAUGUAAACUCAGUGUGCUGCUCUGUGAUGCUAGUUCAAGCCAAAUAUUUGGCAUCUCAUCUUGGGGGCAAGUUCAUCAAUGUUUGGGCUCAAGCUCUGAGCUGAGGAGAUUUUCAGGAUUGAGUGAAGGUGUGGGUGCAAUAUACCGGCGGGCCAGAUCUAAUAGUAAUUAAAGAUUAUCCUGCGGGCCGAAAUUAAAUCCACCAAGGGCCUGAUUUGGCCCCCGGGCCUUGAGUUUGACACAUGUGCUUUAGAGAAAAUGGUUGAAAAUAUUUAUCAGGUGCUAUUCAUUUUUUUCAAUGAAAAGAAAAUACAAAUGUGCCUUCAUUAAUGGUGAAUGUGUUAUUCUAUGUAAAAUACUUGUACAAUUUCACCUACAGAAAGGAAGAUUGGAAUUGCACUCAAUGUUAAACAAAAUAGGUGGAUGUAUUUUUCAAAUAUUUAAAUAUCACUUGAACCCACUUCUUCGUGUUUCUCAUGAGUAUUUUGAGACAUUAACAAUCGGGAUAACAGGUCAAAACAAAUGUAAGCCCGAUUUGAAAACAUAGGUACAUUUACAUAAAACUAAGAGCACCACAACUGCAUUUUAAGUUUAACCCAUUAAGAUAAAAGUAAUAUCUGUAGGCUCCAGCUUUAAAUAUCAAGAACAGUGUAUUACUUAAUGUAGUAAAUAAACAUGUUUUGUCACUUUAAAAAUAAAUACACUAUUGGAAAA